AUGAGAAUUACCACAGCGUUGUUAGUACUACAAAUCGUACUGCAACCCUGUGCCUGGUCAGUGAAUUUGGACAUUGCUGCCAUAAUAAAUCCUGAAUUUAUUCUGGAAUCCUACCCGGAAUGUACUUUAAUUGGGCGUGUAUAUAGAGCAAAGAAUAAGCUUUCAGUUUACAAGGUAUUACAUAGGGGAGGAGUCCUGUGGACCAAAGAAGAGAACGAGGAAUGUAUUAAUGUACAAGUCUUUUACAGGGACAAAGUGCCUCUCUUCCUCCACAUUGUAUUCGCAAGAGAUAAUGCAUUUGAGGAUGCCUAUUAUGUCUACGGGAAUAAAUGGGAAGCAUGUACGGAAAAUGCAUUCAGAGAGGCACUAGAAAAGGAGAGAAUACAGACCUUGAAGAUCGACUCUCCUAACCCAUUAUUGGAUAUUUGUUAUAGUUAUGGAAACCCAGUCUAUGAUAAAAUCUUUACGUCAAAAAGAAGAUGCAAAAUAACAAGAGUGGAGGAGAAUGGGAAUACCAUAUGGGAGGCUAAAGAAGGGGAACACCUGUCACAUUCUAGGCUGUUACUGGAGAAUAAUAGACCAAAACUCCUUACUGUUAACUAUUCAAAUGUUGUAGAAUUUUUUGAACUCUCAUACGGGUUGUGGCAAAGGAUCGAUGGGAAUAAAUUUAAAUUAAAAUCACAACUAAUAGAACUCAAGGUCAGAGCUGGAAACUCCAUUAUUGACAUAAAUAAUAUAGAAAAUGGCACUGAUUACAUAUCUGAAUACCAAUGUUUUAAUUGUUCUGCAAUACUAUUCACUCCCAAAGAGGAUGUCAAUAUCAUAGUUGACACAGAUACGAUUAUUUGUAAAAUGUCAAAGAAUUCAAAGCUAAUUCAAGUUAUAGUCCAUAGAGAAAUAUCAUCUAGUUUAAUGAGCGUAAAGUAUGAAAAACACAAUGAAAAAAUUCAUGCAUGUUUUGUGAAUGUUUAUGGUUCGUGGGAGAAGGUAACAAAUAAUAAUCCGAGAAUAUUUAAACUAUUCAACCACAAGACCGUAAAAAGUGUAGCUUUAAAUAUUAGUGAUCCACACGAUAGCACAUGCAAUAUAGAGUAUAAAGGAAAUCCAAUUUACAGAAAGGUUUUCCGUCCCAAGGAGGCCCACAAAGUUAUCAAGAUUAUUAGUGAGAAAUAUAGCAUUUGGGAAUCCGAGGGAAUUUAUCAUCUUUUAAAAGCUGCUUUAUACUUUAAUAGUGAUAAAAUGACAUUGCUCUAUAUUAAACAUACGGGUGGAAAAGUAUAUUACAAAUUCUCCAACAGGAUUUGGAAGAAGAUAAGAAGUAUAAGCUUUAAAAAUAGGAAUAAUAUGCUAAAAAUGAAAGACACUAUCAAAGGAGUAGUUAAACAUGGUGAGAAGAAGGUAAAUUUUUAUAAUGGCACUUUGUUAGAACUAUACCAAAAUGACUAUUUUGAUGCGCAUAUGCACAUGUAUCACUUGUAUCAUAAAAAGGAGCCGGGUGUUCACGAGUAUCUCGUAAACAUGCUAUACACUAAGCGUAACAACGAUGAAAUAUCGUUUUAUUUGCCCCAACUAUGCCAACUUGCAAUAACAAAGUACGGAAAGUCCUCGUUACACAGAUUCCUGCUCGAUAGAGCUUCAGGAUCUAUGCACUUUGCUCUGCAGCUAUCAUGGUUUUACCAGGCUGUAUUGGACGAUCAAAUGUCGAAACAUGACCGGUUAUCCCAAAAGAUCACUCAGGAGACAGAGAUGGCAGUGGUCAACUGUAAACUGAUAACACCGUCAAACUUUGUGAGAACUCAGACUGAUGCUGAAAGGUUAGCGUCCCCUAAUCUACUGGACAGAAGACUCUUUAUCAAGUCGUUGAACAGAGACGUAUACACCGAUGUGAACUCACUACUGGUUCCUCAAAUGCCAAAUUCUCUGGUUCACAACACAUUCACUCUAUCUUGUCCGAACUCCAAGGUUAAACUGAAGGGUGUGCACACUAGACUUGGUAAUCCCCUGAAUCUGGAAACACAUCCUCUCUUUGACUGCAAUGAUGAUGUGUUCCUGGAGUUGCAACGGCUGAUGAUGAAGCAAAGACGUCUCAACUAUUUUAACCUGCUCAACAACUUUGUGAGUCUGAGUAUGGAGGUGUCAAUGUUGCUUACAACCGAGCCGAAGAGAGAUGCCAGAGAACCCCUUUUGAGGGUCUUUGCCAGUGCUUUGAAUGAAUGGAUGUUACUGCGUAGAUGUACUGUUGCAGCCUAUGAAGAGAGCUUUUCCUACACUGGACUCUCUAUCCCGCUAAAGUCCAUAAGUCACCUGAAUGACAAGACGGCGUUCCAGAUGCUUCGCAUAGUCGAAAAUGAAAUCAAGGUUUUCUUCUCCAGAAAGAGAGCUCCUUUUGUCUUUUACAUUGAAUUUGCCAACUUGGAUGAAGACGUGGAGGCUGCCAAGGAGAUGGAUAAAGGCUUGACUGCAAAGAACUUUUACGUCUUUAACUCCAUUGUACAAGACUUGCUAAACUAUGAAAUACUUACUCCAACACAUAUCGCAACAAUUAAGGACCCUCUGGAGUGCAUCCGCUAUGCCCUGGGCAUGCUGCCUCCGGAGAAGAUGACAGCCUACGAUGACGCUGUGCUGGCCAGAGACGAAGAAAGUGCGCAAUCAGAAAUUGCAAGUAAUGGAGGCGGCAAUGAGGAUGAGGACGAUAAAGAUGAUGAAAGUGACGGAGAGUUGAGACGAAGUUCCUCAUGUACUCAGAGCUUUACGACCAACAAGACCAUGCUCAACGCUAGAACCCACUCUACAAGCUCCAAACACCGUGGUCUCAAGGACCUUACUCCUGAGGAGACCAGGGCAGUCAUAUGGCCAGAGACGUUUGAGACGAAGAGGGAGCGUAUUCGCAAGGCAUCUCCGUAUGGACACCUAAAGAGUUGGCAGUUGUGUGCCUUUGUUAUCAAGGGUGGCGAUGAUUUACGCCAGGAGAACAUGGGCCACCAGAUUUUGAGACUCUUUUCCAAGAUUUUCAGGAAGGCAAAACUGCCACUUUGGCUGCGUCCCAUUGACAUUCUGGUAACAGGUUCUAGCUCUGGCAUCAUGGAGUUUGUGCACGACACCUGCUCCGUCGAUGUAAUCAAGAGAAGGUUUAACGCAGAGUCGAUAGCUACGGUGUUUGAGAAACUAUUCGCAGACAACAUUUACGAAGCCAGGAAGAACUUUAUAGAGAGCCAUGCGGCCUACUCUCUGGUUUCCUACCUGUUACAUGUCAAGGACAAGCACAAUGGAAACAUCAUGUUGGACUCCAAGGGACACGCCAUCCACAUUGACUACGGUUACUGUCUGACUAAUUCACCAGGUAACAUCAACUUUGAGGCGACUUCAUUCAAACUCACAAACGAAUACAUGGACGUUAUUGGCGGGGAGUCAUCAGAUAACUUUGCCUACUUUAGGACACUCGUUAUAAACGGACUGUUGGAGGCGAGGAAGCACGUUGACCAGAUUGUCUUGCUGGUUGAGAUGAUGACGUCGGCUAGUAAGAUGCCAUGUUUUGUUGCUGGGACAAUGUACACCAUAGAAGCCCUCAAGGACAGAUUUAUGCUGAACCUAUCGGAAGAAACAUGCAGGAGGAAGAUCAACGAAAUGAUCUAUGCGUCCAUCAACAACUUUAGAGCCGUACAAUAUGAUAACUUCCAACGUCUAACCAAUGGCAUAAUGUAG